AUGUCAUCAAGUGAGAAGAAAAAUACUCGUGUACACGAUAUACCACGUGAAUUUGACGAACUCACAAAGAACAUCAUAUCACGUAUUGAACACAAUCCUAACGUUGUGGGCAUUAUGCAUUUACAGAACGAUCAGCUACAACUGUACACAGUACCGGAAGCUAUGCUGCAAAUACUUUCCCGACACUUGCCACAUCUAAGCUUAUCCUUCAAACUUGCCAUAGGGGAUAUUGACAUUUUCGAUAAGCUAUUAGCGUAUAGAAUCGAGGCCAACGGGAUCGAAAUCAUGGUGGUCCCCGACAAAGACUUCAACGCGUGUGUAGUACACAAGACAGCUAAAAAGAAACGUGUAAAGAAAAUAAAUAGUGUAAUAAAGGCCUCACACGAUGAAUGGCUGGUCAAGACUACUUCUUCUUUAAAUGAUGUCAAUCCGAUCGUCGAUAGGAUUAUGGAGGAUGACUCUGUUGAAGGUGUGAUCAUGACAAACGAAGAAGGAGUCCCAAUAUUAACAAGUAUUAACCUCAAUGGUGCAACAAACUACAGUCUGGCAUUAAAACGCUUGGGUGAGAUGACUCGAAACAGCACUAAGGAAAUUGUAAUU